UCAUUGCUCGGAAGAAAGAACAGAGCAAUGGGAGGAGGAGAAGGAGAAGGGAGCGUUCAGAACGUGUUGGUAAUGAGGCACGGGGACCGGAUCGACCACCUGGAGCCGCUGUGGGUGGCGCACGCUAGCCGGCCGUGGGACCCGCCGCUCGCCGAGGGGGGGCUGAUCCGGGCGUGGACAACCGGGAAGCGGCUGCGCGGCGUCGGCUUCCCCAUCCAUCGCGUCCUCGUCUCCCCCUUCCUCCGAUGCCUUGAGACCGCCACCGAGAUCAUCCGCGCCCUCUGCUGCGUCGUCGACGACGACACCCGCCUCCUCGCCAUGGGGACCAGCCAGGACGCCGUGCUCGAUCCCUCUCGCGUCAAGGUCUCUAUUGAGUUCGGAUUAUGUGAGAUGCUAAACUCACAAGCAAUAGGGAGUCGUGUAGCUCCUAAAGAUAAUAAAUGGUUUCCUCAUAUCUCGGAGCUUGAAGCUUUGUUGCCAGCUGGAACAUUGGAUCAUUCUGCGGAGAGUAUUUACAAAGAGUUGCCACAAUGGGAGGAGUCUCUGCUUGAAGCAAGAAAGAGAUAUAUAAGUGUUAUUCAGGCUCUCGGUGACAAAUAUCCCAAUGAAAACUUGCUGCUAGUCUCACAUGGUGAGGCUAUAGGUGCUACUGUUGCUUCAUUUCUAGAGGACGCUAUGGUUUUUGAGGUGGAAUAUUGUGCAUGUUGCCAUUUGCAAAGAAACAUAUUAUCAAACUCUUCACAGGCCUUCAGCACUGAAAAUUUCAGGGUGCUCACAGAGAGUGGCCAAACAGGUGUAUCUUAUAGUAUUACUCCCGAGUUCUCGUGACGCAAGUCUGAAGCAUAUUGCAAGCUUUCAAUCUAACUUUGGGUCUCAUUUCAACAGUCCCCUUUUUUCCCCCAGAUCGUUAUGGCUCCAGACCAUAUUGUUAUUGUUGCCGCUAUUACAACAUUGGGGGUGCUUUUAUUGCCAAUCUUUUUAUCGCGGUUGCAAUUUUAUCAAUGUUUUAACAUUUUUAAGGAUAUAGAGAUGGAUCUAGGAAAAUUCUCUAUAUUUUGUUAGCUGGAAUACAUUGUUAAGCAUAAAAAUGGAACAAGUGUUUGCAAAAUGAUUUCACUCUCCAUUUUGCUAGGAAUCAAGAUUGCUGCUUACGUCAAAGUAUGCAUUUCUAUGUGGCAGCAUUCAGAACUGACGGCAACAUUUUGCUUGGAGACAAGAUUUCAUGUGCAGGUUUUUCUACUAGUCUGGUUUAUGAUGACCGAAAAGAGUGUGUAGCCUAGAAAUAACUGUUUUAUUUUGAAUUUGGUUACUGGAUAACAUAUUUGGGUUACAUAACUGUUUUAUGUUGAAUUUGGUUACUGGAUAACAUAUUUGGGUUACAUAACUGUUUUAUGUUGAAUUUGGUUACUGGAUAACA